CGAUAGACCAUCUGUACGACGGUGAUUGCUUCCUCGAGUCAUCCCCAAGAUUCCCUUGGAUAUCGAUUUUCGUCAUGAAAAGCAGCCGGAAAAGGAAUAAGCGACACGUUCUGCAAGAUAUGAGUAUAUCGGGUCUUCUCUUAUCUGUUGCCCUGCUUCCGAGCGUCGUCUCCGCUCACGAUCAUGUAUACUUCGACCCUUCAUCGUCCGGUUCACCCUUCCUUGGCCCCCAGAUCCCUUUAACAGGCCCUCCAGCCCUUACGGGUACUCAUGAAUUUACGCUUCGCCACAUAUAUGAGCGAGGUACUCAUGACCAACCCGAUCUUCACAGGAGGCUCGAUAUAAAACCGGACACACGCCUUUGGGCCGUUUCAGAUGAUGGUCUUGAAAAGGAACUCGUCACAUUUGAUACACCCCUCGUUGCUUCGUCAAGCCCUCUUACCAUCCAGCGGCUUGCGGACCGCCGGCUUUCGGUCAUUGAAGGAUACCUGGCGGCUGCGAGGUCAGGUGGGGAGGCGGUCGCACUGUCGCCGUCAGAGUGGGUGAUGGAUACAUUGGCUGGACCAAAUGUCACAGAUAAAGAAAGCGUUCUCACAUUUGCAAAGAUGACGGCGAACGACUAUAUUGAGGAACCUGGCACCGAGGACUGGCACUAUAUUCACGGCCGUUUCAACUAUUCGUCAAGCUUUGGCACUAUCGUCAUAUCCUUGAAAGGAACUUCCCCGGCCCUGUUCGAUGGUGCCGGCACAACCACAAACGAUAAGGUCAACGAUAAUCUGUUCUUUAGCUGUUGCUGUGGGCAGGGAGGCUCAUACCUCUGGCGACAGGUCUGUGACUGUCAGCAAUCAGCAUUUACAGCCAACUUGACUUGUAUCGUUGAGGCCAUGAACGACGAAAAUAGAUAUUACAGGGCCGCCAUCGACCUCUACUCGAAUGUGACAGACAUGUAUCCAGACGCAAAUGUCUGGUUGACAGGCCAUUCUCUGGGUGGUGCGAUGUCCAGUCUCCUUGGCCUUACAUUUGGACUACCUGUCGUAACAUUCGAGGCUGUCCCUGAAGCCCUGCCUGCGGCUCGGUUGGGUCUACCAAGUCCGCCGGGUCACGAUCCCAGGCUUCCUCAGUCGCGACAAUACUCUGGAGCUUACCAUUUUGGACACACAGCCGACCCAGUAUAUAUGGGAACGUGCAACGGCGUUGGUUCUAUUUGCACAUGGGGUGGGUAUGCGAUGGAGUCCGCUUGCCAUACGGGCCAAAUGUGCGUUUACGAUACCGUUGAAGAUAAGGGAUGGCGUGUUGCACUUUCAACCCACCGUAUCAGGGCCGUGAUCUCCGACGUCCUCGAGGUAUAUGAAGACCUUCCUCCUUGCGCACCUGAGGAGGAGUGCUAUGAUUGCGAGUUGUGGAAGUUCUUCAAAAGCAAUGGGUCUGAAAGCACGACAACUUCGACUACUACGACUACCACCGCUCCUACCACAACCCGGACGUCGACAUGCAAGACACCCGGCUGGUGGGGCUGUUUGGACGAAAGCACGACCACUACGACCACCACUUCUACGACCACGACCACGACUACGUCCACGUCAACAUGUAAAACCCCAGGGUGGUUCGGCUGCAAAGAUCCGACUACAACGACAGAGGCAACUCCCGCCCCAUCUGUCACAACCACCAUACCCACGCCAACUACAUAUCCAAUUUCAUCUACCUCCACAUGCGAAGAUCCUGGAUGGUUCGGUUGUCGCGAUCCCACCAGCACGACAGCGUCCAUCACAUCGUCACCUUUGACAACAUCCACCUGCGAUGAUCCGGGUUUCUUCUGGGGUUGCUAUGACGAGUCAACCACGGCAACUCAUCCCAUCACGUCCGGGCCGAGCGCGCCAUACUCGACUCCGUCCCCUACUAACACACACACAUGUACUUCCAGUAUUUUCUUCGGUUUGAUCUGUGUUGGGUCGACCGGCACCGAACUACGCUAG